AUGGUAGAAGCCGUGGCUGCAGUGAGCCGCUUCAAGGCCAACUAUGCUGUGAAGCGCAAGAUUGAGCCUUUCUACAAAGGCGGGAAAGUUCAGCUAGACCAGAUGGGGCAGCACCUCUUUUGCAUCUGUGGCACCAGAGUCAAUGUCCUGGAAGUGGCCUCGGGGGCCGUGCUGCGAAGCCUGGAGCAGGAAGACCAAGAAGACAUCACUGCUUUCGAUCUCAGUCCUGAUGACCAGGUACUGGUGACUGCCAGCAGAGCCAUGUUACUGGCACAGUGGGCGUGGCGAGAAGGCAGUGUCACACGCCUGUGGAAGGCGGUACACACAGCUCCUGUAGCCGCCAUGGCCUUCGACUCCACCUCCACACUGCUAGCAACAGGCGGCUGUGACGGGGCCGUGCGUGUGUGGGAUGUUGUGCAGCACUACGGGACACACCACCUGCGGGGCUCACCUGGCGUCGUGCAUCUGGUGGCCUUCCACCCGGACCCCACGCGCCUGCUGCUCUUCUCCUCAUCGGUGGACACUGCCAUCCGAGUGUGGUCCCUGCAGGACAAGCUGUGCCUGGCUGUGCUGACUGCACACUAUAGUGCUGUCACCUCGCUGGUCUUCAGCACCGAUGGUAACACCAUGCUCAGCUCUGGCCGAGACAAGAUCUGCACAGUCUGGGACCUGCGGAGCCACCAGUCUACAAGGACAGUCCCAGUGUUUGAGAGUGUGGAGGCCGCAGUACUGCUGCCAGAGGAGUCCAUGCCUGAACUGGGCGUGAAGUUCCCCGGCCUGCACUUCCUGACUGCCGGUGACCAAGGUUCACUGCGUGUGUGGGAGGCCGCAUCUGGGCAGUGUGUAUACACGCAGCCCCAGCCACCAGGCCCUAGCCAGCAGCUGACCCACUGCACCCUGUCCCAUGCCACCGGGCUGCUCCUCACUGCCACUGCUGACCACAACCUGCUGCUCUAUGAAGCACGCUCCCUGCAGCUGCGCAAACAGUUUGCUGGCUACAGUGAGGAGGUGCUGGACGUGCGGUUCCUGGGUCCUGAGGACUCCCACAUUGUGGUGGCCUCCAACAGUCCCUGCCUGAAGGUGUUUGAACUACAGACCUCAGCCUGCCAGAUCCUCCAUGGCCAUACAGAUAUUGUCCUGGCCCUGGAUGUGUUCCGGAAGGGGCAGCUCUUUGCUAGCUGUGCCAAGGACCAGAGUAUUCGUGUCUGGAGGAUAAACAAGACAGGCGAGGUGAUCUGUGUGGCUCAGGGCUCUGGUCACACACAUAGUGUGGGCACCAUCUGCUGCUCGAGGCUAAAAGAGUCCUUCCUAGUGACUGGCAGCCAGGACUGCACGGUGAAGGUAUGGCCACUUCCCGAAACCCUGCUAUCCAAGAGCAUGGUCCCUAUCAAGAAUCCCGUCCUCCUGCAGGCCAAGACCACACAGCGCUGCCAUGAGAAGGACAUCAACAGUGUGGCCAUUGCCCCCAAUGAUAGGCUGCUGGCCACUGGCUCCCAGGACCGCACAGCCAAGCUCUGGGCCCUGCCGAAGUGCCAGCUGUUAGGUGUCUUCUCUGGCCACCGGCGUGGUCUCUGGUGUGUUCAGUUCUCACCCCUGGACCAGGUGCUGGCCACGGCCUCAGCUGACGGCAGCAUCAAGCUGUGGGCUCUGCAGGACUUCAGCUGCCUCAAGACCUUUGAGGGACACGAUGCUUCUGUGCUGAAGGUGGCCUUCGUGAGCCGGGGCACUCAACUACUGUCUAGUGGUUCUGACGGACUCCUGAAACUCUGGACCAUUAAGAACAACGAAUGCGUGAGGACACUGGAUGCCCAUGAGGACAAGGUGUGGGGGCUACACUGCAGCCGACUAGAUGACCACGCCGUCACAGGCAGCAGCGACUCCUGUGUCAUCCUCUGGAAGGAUGUAACGGAGGAGGAACAGGUGGAGGAGCAGGCCAGGCGGGAGGAGCAGGUGAUCAAGCAGCAGGAACUGGACAACCUGCUUCAUGAGCGGCGGUACCUGCAGGCACUGGGCUUGGCCAUCUCCCUGGACCGUCCCCAUACCGUGCUGACCGUCAUCCAGGCCAUCCGCAGGGACCCUGAGGCCUGCAAUAAGCUGGAAGCCACAGUUCUCCGAUUGAGGCGAGACCAGAAAGAGGCCCUGCUGCGUUUCUGUGUCACCUGGAACACCAACUCCAGGCACUGCCACGAGGCGCAGGCUGUCCUGGGUGUGCUUCUGCAACACGAGACCCCGGAGGAACUACUGGCCUACGAGGGCAUACAGGCCGCACUGGAAGCCCUUCUGCCCUACACAGAACGACACUUCCAGAGGCUCAGCCGGACACUACAGGCGGCCACCUUCUUGGACUUCUUGUGGCACAACAUGAAGCUGUCCCCACUCCCUGCAGCCCCCCCGGCCCUCUGA